UUAGAGUCUCUCUAGAGAUGGGAGACUGGCUUUACUCCAGUAGAAGCAACUAACUUUAAGUUCAAGGCAAUGAUUUUUUAAAAAGCCUGUAAUUCUAUUCUCGGUACGUGCUGCUUCCUUGUGCUGCAGCAUCCUCAGCUAGUGACUGCUGAGGGUCUCCUGGCAGUAGUGUUGAAACUAUUAGUGCAGCUGUUGAAAGCUGUUUUGCAUAGCAGAGUCGUAUUCUCACAUCUCGUCCCAAUCCUUGCAUUUCUCCCAGCAGUUGAAAAGUGAGAAAGAUGGGGCUAGCAAAAGGAUAGGUUUGUUUUAAAGAUGGGAAAAUAGUUGUCCUCUAAGAGAGGAUAAAUGCCAGCUUUUUUUUUGUUUGUUUUUCCCCUUGUUGAGCAGGGCAGGAGAUAUUAAAUCACUGUUGAUAACAACAGCCAUGGAAUAUUCUAGCUAUAUCAUAGAAGGCUGGAUUGUCACAUAGAGCUGGGUGUUUCUUUGGUACAUGAGAGUAACUGGUUGUUCUGCACAGCACUAGUUUUAUAAAAGCCCACCAUCUGUUGUAUACAGAAAUGCAUUAUCUUGGUGAAAAUGUUUUUCACUAGUAAGGUUUUGAGGGUGGUUUUUUUCUGCUUAGAAGCGUAAUAGCUGCUUACUAAUUCUCUUCCAUUGAGUGAAUGAAAACUGCAUCACUUUCUGCUUCCUGUAACAUCCUAAAUUAUCGAAAGCCAAACUGGUUGCUCAUGCUGCCCAAAGCAGUAGUUGGGACAGUCUCUCUGACAUCUGGCUAAACCGGAGUAGUGAGUACCAACACUAGGAGUGAUACUUCACCUGCAGAUUAGGGAGAAGCAUGUGGAAAACCCUGCAAGUCAUCACUUACCAUUUGAGAUGCCAGUGGCUCAUGUGUUUAGUGUUAUUCUGCACCUACAGUGUUAUGGAAUCUAAGAUGUACCAAACGUUGCCUCAUCUCCCAUGGUUAUCAGUCUGUGUCUGAAGGAUUCUCUAGGUAUUCAUCUUCAUGAAGGAAAGGAAUGCCUGAGAAGACCUGAUUUAGAACUGUAGUGGUCACUUCAAGAUGCCUCAAAGGGAAAAUACUCAUCUGCAAGUCUCAUCUUCCAACACUGUCUGCAUUCUUUCAACCAAAGAAAAAUCUUUUUUGAGAAAGAUGACUUGUGAAAUCUGUGAACAAAGCUGGCUUUACAAGGAUAGCGAAUGAAAGACAACAUAACAUGCCUUACAAUGAACGCUUAGCUUGAAGGGGUGACACUGUGCUCUUAAACUAAAACCCAGGCACUGUAAAAAUACAGACCCUGAACAGAAGGAAGGAUUAUAGAAACUGCAUCAGAAUGUUUAUUAAUCCCAGAAGAGUCAGGAAAUGGCAUUUUUUGCAGAUAUUUGCCACUUGCUUCAUACUGUGCCUCAUGAUUUUUUGGGAACCAUUUGAUAAUCACAUUGUGAGCCAUAUGAAGUCCUAUUCCUACAGAUACCUCAUAAAUAGCUACCAUUUUGUGAAUGACAGCCUGUCUAUCAACAGGGAUAACUUGGAGAGAGUGUCAAGCUACCAGUACUUGAUCAACCACAGCGAGAAAUGUCAGCAGCAAGAUGUCCUUCUCCUGUUGUUUGUGAAGAGUUCUCCUGAAAACCGUCAUCGGAGGGAUGCAAUUAGACAAACUUGGGGUAAUGAGAAGUAUGUUCGUUCUAAACUUAAUGCCAACAUCAAAACUCUUUUUGCUUUAGGACGACCAACAGAUCAUCUGCUGCAAAGAGAACUUCAGCUGGAAGACCAGAAAUACCAUGAUUUGAUUCAGCAAGACUUCUUGGAUACUUUUCACAAUCUUACUCUUAAAUUGCUUUUGCAGUUUAGCUGGGUCAAUGCCUACUGUCCUCAUUCCAGGUUCAUUAUGUCUGCAGAUGAUGAUAUAUUUAUCCAUAUGCCAAACCUUGUUGCUUAUCUCCAAAGUCUAGCACAAAUGGGUGUUCAAGAUCUCUGGAUUGGUCGUGUCCAUCGUGGAUCCCCUCCCGUAAGAGACAAGAGUAGCAAAUACUAUGUUCCACAUCAAAUGUACCCGUGGCCCUCUUACCCUGACUACACAGCAGGAGCUGCAUAUGUAAUAUCAAGUGAUGUAGCAGCUAAAGUAUAUGAGGCUUCAUUGACUCUCAAUACAAGUCUUUAUAUAGAUGAUGUUUUCAUGGGUCUCUGUGCCAAUAAAAUGGGAAUUGUACCACAAUAUCAUGUAUUUUUUUCUGGGGAAGGAAAGGCUCCAUAUCAUCCCUGCAUUUAUAAAAAAAUGAUGACAUCUCAUGGACAUGUAGAUGAUCUUCAUCAGCUCUGGAAGCAGGCUACAGAUCCCACAGUUAAAAAGUUUUCUUCGGGGAUUUGGGGUAGAAUAUACUGCAGACUAGUCAAUAUUGUGCUUCUCUGUAAACCAUACUAUGAGGACACGUAUCCUUGUUCAGCUGCAUUUUCUUAAUACUUGAAUAUCUGCGUUGAAGAUUCACUGAGCCAAAACAGAGCAACAACUUUUUAGCUGUUUAUUCAAAAUACAUGUAAACAUAGAAAGAGGUAAAAUUUAAAUGUGAAUAGUUGGGGGUGGGGGGAAUGAUGAUCCCAAAUUCUGUUCAGAAGCUCCUGUUGGAAUAACUUUCCUGUUGUACUGCAACUUUUUACAUUGUAGCCUGUUUUGGUGUUUUGUGUGCGUGGUUUUUUGUUUUGUUUUUCUUUACACUCUUUUAAGGGAUGCAAGUCUAGAUUAAAUGUUCCAUUAUGGACUUGACUUCUAGACUUUGAAAUGCUUGGUGGAUAUGUGUGUUGCUUUGAACUUGUUAGUAAGUCUUAAGGUGUUUGUUUUUUAAAGCUAUGUGAACUAAGGCACAUGGUAAAAAGAUCUGCUAUAUCAAAAUGGAGUAGACCUUUCAAAACACAAGGAAAAUAGGACUUGAUGAAUGAGACUAUUGCAGUAGUUUAAGGCAAUGUAAAUUGGUUACAAAUAUUGACCAUUUCUCAGUGCUUCAUAGAAAGUAAGUCUGGACCUCCACACUUGACAGUGAGUGCCAGAAGGGAAGACCUGCUACAAUCUUUUUCUCGAAGCUCCCUAAACCUUUGAAAUAGCAGAACAGUGUUUGAGUGCCCACUGACUUGGUUGUUUUAAAUAACAAAGGAGCUCUCUUCAGAUCAGGCCUGAACUUGAAAGGAGAAGACUUGAAUAUUACUCAUGUCACUGGUUUUGUUAAUCUCCCUCUGCCUUCUGAAAACUGAAGCAGUGUGUUUAAACGGUCCAGUCUUUAAUAAGAAAAUAAGCUUAAUGAGUUUUCUUUUAACAGUACUUCUGCUUUCCAGUAUUCAUAGUUCUAAAGGUGAAAAGCAAGCAAAAGUCCCCGAGAAUGUUACUUAUAGCUAAUUUGAAGCUGUUAAAGACUUUAGAAAAAACCCCCAAAUUUCAUGCUUGUACUAACAAAGAGGGGAGGGUAUUUUCUGCACAAGGCUUGACUUCAUGGUGAAGGGAUAGGGAGAUGGUGAUCCACAGAAACUCAGUAUGCAAAUCAAAAUUACUAAAAUAUUUCUCCUGAAGUCUUGGGCACAAGAUUCUUUAAAAUUUCAGGGUUGUUUAUGUCCACAAAACCUUGUAUCUUGGAUAUAUUUAAAUGUUAGUGUCACGUGCAAGAGGAAGAAGACACCUGUGCACUCUAAAUCAGGAUAAAUUGAGUGAUGCUCAACCUCCAGCUACUAUGAGUUGUACUGUGGUGCCAUAUGAAUAUCUGAGAGAACAAAAGUUCUAGGAUGUCUGUCUUUAGUACUGCUCUCUAACAGUGUUUUCACAGAUCCUCAGGACAGAUGUUCUAAUUGCUAAUUGCCAAACCUGUGGUGGCUCUGCAGAGAGUAGACACGCAGCCUCACAAAAGUACCAGUCAGAUAUUAUUUGUCAGCUGGAUUGAUGCUGAAACAAAUUCUAGCAUGGAUGUGUCAGAAAACUACUUCUGAAAGCUUGAAUGAGUCAAGUUUAUCAGUAAAGCAAUAACAAUGCAAAAGCUCACAAAUUAUUGAGCAUCUGUUGGAAAUGUGCCAAUUACAGGAGCAAUACCUCUUGCUUUCUAAGGCUGGCCUUUUUCUUCUGCCUGAAGUUUCUCACUGUGUGGAGCAGUGAGGUACUUGAUCUAUGUCUUUUGACUUUACUGUAGAACAGCUAUACAGGACUUUGCAGUUUUAAGCUACAAGUAGUAAACUCGUGUUUAAGUAAUUGCAGCUGCUCUUGGAGCUGUGCUGCAGGAGUUGAUGGUUUGAAUGGCUAAUGGGAUAUGUCAGCACAGCCAGAAUCUAGGAGUGAGCUUGCUGGUGUUCUGUAAGCUGCCGUUUCAGGUGGAUGGUAGGUACCUACUGGAAUUAAGUGAAAUCUCUAAGUUUGUACAAUUGGUUUUCCAGAAGGAAGAGUAAGUAUUCUAACUGGACCCAAACAUUGGGUAUAUAAAGAGCACACAAGUAAUUUCUCAGUGCCAGUAUGAGUGAAGAAUGCAACAGCUAUACUUUAGAAGGAACAAAUCCAGUUCUUGUUCUUAUCUGAACAGAUUGAUUACAGUACUGAGGAUUUGUGGUUUUUUGAAAGAAAAAAAUAAACAGAAGUCAGCUCUAGGUCUAUAAAACGUGUUGGCUUAUAGAGAAAUAACCACAUGUAGAGAAAAGUAGUAUUCUGUACCAAAAGAAAGCUGCUCCAUCAGAUCUCUGACCUGUUGUGAGCCAUUUAAAUCAAUAAGCUGCACAGCAAAACUGCACUGCUAGAAGAAGCCACCCUGUUCACUGUAGGGAAAAAGGGUGUUCAUAAGCAGUUUGCAACCAAAAUGUACUGGUAAUACUACAGUUUUUCCAGCAUCAUUAUGUGUUGGAAUUGUUUUCACUUAUACAAGCAAACAUAAAAUAAGUUUUAAGUAGUUUAAAUUUCUAUGGGGUAGUGACCUAGCUAACAUCUACAACACUGCUUAAAUGCAGUUUGUCAUUAGCUGGAAGUCACUUUUGACCAUUAAAGUACUUUAACAGCUGGUUUGAGUUUUGUUUAGAUUGUUUCUUAAUCUUUAAAAGGCGCUGAUAUUUGUUAGUGUGCAUUUUGUUCUGCUGCAGUGAAAAGAAGUUGCUAUUGAAUAAAAAGAAAAGCAUGAAGGCGCUCCUUUUGAAAAUGGAGAGGCUAGAAAAGUUCUUAUUUUCUGGUUCUAAAUGCUGUCUUAAGAUUUGUACACCUUUAUCUGAACCCAUCUUAAUAACAGUCUUGGUGCUCCAAUGCAGGGCUGACAGGUUUUACUUCUGCAAGUAAAACUGUAUCAGCCUGAAUGGUCACUCCUCAGUAAGAGUUUGAUGUUGUUGCACAGCAUAUUUAAUGCUAAAAUUGUUUUUACCUGUUUGUUUGGUUUGCAUUGUUUUCUCUUUGAUAUUACUAAUUUUUAUACAAAUUAUUCAAUAUUUAUUCUUAAACUUUGCUCUGUACCACAAGAAGACAAUUGUUUUGUAAAAAUUGUUUUGAAUAAACAGACUUAUUUCUUUUUAAAAAAAAAACCAAAACAACACAACAAA